UCAUUUCGUAGUUUCAUUUUUUCUUUGUGUAUCAUAUGUGUGCUUAUGGCGCUCACGUCAGCUACGUAAUCAUAAAAAAUAGGAUCUGAUAAGAAAAACAAUGUAUUUGUGAAAAAAAUGUUGUCGGAAAAAUUUCAUAUUACAUGCGGUACAACAUAGCACAGCGUAUUGAAAGAUCUCAUAUUUAUUUCUGUAAAUUGAGGUGUGUGACGUUGCCAAAAUGGCACUAGAAGACGACGAGAACACUUGGGUUUUGGAACUUGAAGCAGCACUCCUUGAUUCGGAAGCACCAUCAGCAAGUGAUAUUUAUGCCAUAUGUAAGGGUCAACCAGUACCUGCAAACUUAAGACCUGAUGUAUGGCAAGCUUGUUUGGAUGUCACGGAUAGAGGAAAUCAACUAAUCCAUUUUAACGAGGUUUUUGAUCUUCCAGAACAAAAUAUUCUCAGAGAAGAUUGCCAACAGUUGGUUGCUAAACUUGGCAAUGAUGAUGAGGACAAAGUAUCAGUUGUUUCUGACUUAGAGUCAAUACUGACAUUCUACUGCAAAAGUAGAGGUAAGUUGUACGAAAGAGGAAAUGGCUGGCUUGAAUUGUUGGGGCCCUUGAUUGCUCUCAAGUUACCUCGAUCUGCAACUUACAACUUGUUCGAAGCCAUCAGGGAUGUAUACGUCCCAAGGGGUGUUAUACAUAGUUCUGUUUUACGAUUGCUGUUACUGUAUCAUGAGCCAGAAUUAUGUUCCUUUUUGGACACAAAACGAGUGUCUCCGGAGCAAUACACAAAAGGAUGGAUAAAUACAUUGUUUGCAGGGGUGUGUUCACUCCCAGCCGUCUGCACGAUGUGGGAUUUAUACUUCAUGCAGGCGGAUCCUUUUUUUAUGAUGUUUUUAUCUCUUAUCAUGGUUGUCAAUGCAAGGGAACAAAUUUUAAGCAUGAAGGAUGAAGGGAAACAAAGUAUAAUAGACACGCUAGCAGCAAUGCCCUGUGCCUUAGAAGCUGAAGAUGUUACAGAUUUCUGCUCACUGGCUCAAUACUACGCUAUGAAAACGCCAUCUUCUUUCAAACAAGAUUUAUAUUCCAUUAUGUUUGGCGAAGGUGGUGAUGAGAAAUUCAUAUCACAUGCGUUAUGUCUACCUGUAUCGGCCCAGGAGCUUGUAGAAAAUACUAUCGAAGCGCCAGCCGCAUCGAAUGGACCAGUUGAGUCCGUCAGAUUUUUCCUAGUGGAUUGCAGACCUGCUGAGCAAUAUAAUGCUGGACAUCUGCCAACUGCCUUUCAUUUGGACUGUAACUUGAUGCUACAAGAACCUGCAUCCUUUGCAACAGCUGUACAAGGAUUGCUUCAGGCACAGAGACAAGCUUUGGCUGUUGGUUCAGAAGCUGGAGGCGAACAUCUCUGUUUUCUAGGGAGUGGUCGCCAAGAGGAGGACCGCUACACUCAUAUGGUGGUUGCAUCUUUCUUGCAAAAGCACACGCAAUACGUUAGUAUGGUCUCAUUAGGAUAUCAAGCUAUUCACGAAUAUUUUGGAGACGAAGUGGUCACAAAUCUCGUAGAUCACAAUUCGCAACAUUGUUUGGUAUGCAAUGCCAAUUUAUCGGAAACGAAUUCCAAUGAAUCGAGCCCAGCUAAAAUUAGAAAUAACAAUUCAGAUCUGUUUGGGAAAAUUGGGUUGGCGAUGAAAUUGAAGAGCCAAGUAGUGAAAGGAAAGCUGUUCGAUUACAUCGUUAACCCAUCUGCAAGUGCCAAUGGCAAUGCAGAUAGCCAGAACAGCAAAGAUGCGGACUUUGCAAAUAGAAUACGUAACGGUCCAGUUUUCAGUAUUGACGAGGAUCAUGAUCUAGAUAUGGCGAUGACCAAUCACGAGAGUGAAGAACCUGUCGAAGUAGUAUCUAUUCAGCAAUGGCUGAAAGAUCCGAAAUUAUUGCAUUCCUUCAAAUGUCAAGAAGUCAAAGUCAGCGGCUAUGUGUAUGAAAGUCAACUUUUGGUGAUGGACACCCACCUCAUUGUUCUCAGAGAGAUUCCAGGAAGGAAGGGUGCCGCACAUGUGAUUGUUAAGCGGCCAUUGUCAAGUAUAGUUAAAAUAACUUCUAGGAAAAGACAUCCUGACUUAAUCACAUUUCGGUAUGGUACCACACAGAAUGAAACGUUACUUAUCUCAGAUAUGGAUAAAUUUCUUAUUCCACAUGCUAGCGAGGCUACGAAAUUGAUUUCAGAACAAAUAUUGAAACAAUUGAAGACACUUGACUAAUAUUAGGCGGCAUAGACUGUGGUGUACUGUAUAAUAAGGACCGGUUAUCAAUUUGGUAAAUUCUACCGUAUUGUUAUUAUUAUUAGAAUUUUUUACCGCGUAGAACCUUAGUUAUCAUGAUGCCUCACGAUUUAUACAAAAAAUGUUGCCAUGCAAUCGUUAAUGAAGGUUCUCUGGAACUACAGUUCAUGUGUUUACUAAAAAAAUGUUCCUAACCGGCUGAAGCUUAAGGUUGUCAUAAUAGGGUAGUUCAUGGGCACAUGAAAAUCUAUUUCACCUUCAUAAUAAAAACAAUUAAUAAUCCAAAUGCGAUCACAACCAGUUUUGCAAGUUUUUCUAAUUCAGUCACACUUGCAAUUAAGGGUGAUGAAAUUUUGAUGUUGAAUAAUUUGGAAAUAUUUGUACCGUACAAAACAAUGUAGCAAUAUGAUGCUAUUCUUUUAUUGAAUAUCACAUCGAGUCUUUAUUAUACAUUCACGCAAAAUACAUAGCAGUAUGUAAAUCAAUCUUACCACGUCUCUUAUCCAGAACUUAAACGAGUAACGAUUCGAGGGAGGGAAGAUGUAAUAUUUGUUCAUUUCCUUUGAUAUCGUAUGAUUGUUUCAAAUGUGAAAUUAUGUUUCUUCAUUUUUUCAACUUUAACAUAAUGCGUAAUACAUAUUAACUUAUUAUGUUAUGUUUCAAACGUCAUAAUGGCGGUAAUUUAAAAGAAAUUCAAAUAAAUCGUCAUCAGUUGAAUUAUUGAAUUUGCUAACGAACAUUUAUAAAUACUGUAUCAUAUUAUUUUCAAAAUUCAUCGAAUCGUGAAGAUUGUUCAACUGUUAUCAACUAUUGUACCUAAUGUUGGAGAAAAUGACGUCUCUGCUUUUACUUAUUGUCGAUUGAUAAGAUUAUCCUUCAAACAUUUUGUUGUGAUUUAGUGGUUGUCUUGUAAAGGAUAAAUUCAGGUAAACUUAUUAAGGUCUGUCUGACAUUCAUCAAUAUUGCAGAGCGUAACAGGUUUAAAAUAAACACCACAUGAUCAUGAUGUUAGUAAAAAUUUGUCGUUUCAGGCCAAUAUUGACAUAAUUAUAAAUCUCUUGACGGAAGUACCACUCAAUCUGGUGAAUAUUAGUUUGAAUGUUGUCAACGACAAUCACGUAAACACUUUUCAACUGAUUAAUGCUUAUCAGUUCAUCUUCAUCGUGACGUUGACUGAAAAUAUUCUUCAGCCAAAGAUCAUGAUCAUUUUUGUUCUCGAUCAUAAGUUACCAUUGGCAAAUUUUUUGUGUACGCAAAAAUCUUAUCGAGUGCAAUCAGAAAAUAUUGUAAUAUAAAGUCCAGUUGCUAGAAUUUGUGACGUAAUUUGAGGCGAUCAACCGGUUUAUUUCACUUUCUUUAAAUUUUAUCUGACAAAGUUUCAUGUGAUGAAAUUUGAAUGAAAAGUCUGUCAAGUCUUGACUACUGGCAAGAAAAUAAAACUUAUGAGUUAUAGACAUGUUUGGAAAGAUUAAAUAGCAUCGUAUCAAGUAUAGGAUACCGAUAUACCAUGAAGGUUUUAGGUGUAAUAAAAUCAAUAAGCUCGUUAUUGUCACUAACUAUGUACAUAAUUAAAAUAGAUGUAAUAUAAAAGAGAAUAAUAGUAAUAUAAAAAUCA